AUGGUGCCGGGUAUCCAGACCUUACUGGGCGCCAAUCCAUCCGCUGACUCCAUAACCGUGUUUCUGAAAGAUCUCGUUCAACAUUCCAACACGAGCUUGACAGUUCCCGAUGUGAAAUCAUAUUCAGAUGCAGUCUACUUCAACUACUAUCCGCUAGGGAUCAGCUUCCUCUUUAUCCCUCAAAACUGGCUCGAGGACCUUCAAGUUGAUUCAUUAGUGCUUGACAGCAUUAACAUCUACAAUGCCCCAAAGCAUAAGGCGACCACCACAAAGACAACUACAUCCAUCUCGAUCGAGAUCUCGCUCACAUCAAACGGUAAAGAUUUCGUCAGCUGCCUUGGAGAACCUGAUCGGAAAGGCGGUGGUGCUGGGCCUUCAUCCGGAUCUAUUGGCAUUUGGUGUGAGUGGUUGAAGCACGGAAUCAUGGUUGAAUUCGGAGGGGAUGAAGCCAGAGGACCACAAGCUUGGGAACGUGGCAAGGAUGCCAUAUGGAGGGUCAUCACAGUAUUUCCUCCAAAGCAGGAAUAG